CCCGCCAUUCCACUUGAUGGACGCUCCACACAGUAAUAUGCAAAUAAGUCAUUGUAGUUCGUCUUGCAUUAUAGAAACAACUGUGAACUUAACGGAUUCACAAUGUACAUUGGAUUACAGUUUUUAUGUUACAGUACCUUUCACCACAGACACAACUGAGCUUAAGAACAUUAAUAAACACUGGCCUAUCCUAAAUAGAUGGCGUUAACCAAGUUUUUGCUUAAGUUAUUCGCAGUCUCUUUAGUCAGCACCGCACGCGCUGUACUUCCUCGUGGUGCGGUUGAGUCCGUGAAUACUAGGGUUUGUACCAUGGAGAGGAGUGAAGUAAUUUCGUGUAACGUUUUUAACGACCACUUUGGAAGUCACUGCAAUUCUGGUCAUAGUUCGUCUGCCGUUAAAGGCCUUUCAGUUGGGUUGAUUGGAUCGCAUUCCCCUACCGACGUCAUCUCCGAAGACUUUAAUUCUUGUGCUUCAAACACUUACGAUGAGUACUUUGAUGUUAACAGUGAUAAAGAAGGUAAAACCCUGCGAACCUCUUCCACGUUGGAAGAGUUACGGAAGCUCUUGGCAAACAUCAAGUGCAGUUCCAGGCUCUCGCUACCCAGAAGUUUGGUCCUUGAUCUACCGAAAUCUGAUAAUUUUGGUUUCGUCACUAAAUCUCUGGGUGAGGUGACUGGAAGAACUUUCCAUCACUCAGUUGAUAAGUAUUACGAUGAAUCGGACCAUGUGCACGCUGUUCGGGGCUACACGAAGAACGAACAGCGUGCUGAUAAGCUUUCGCUCAUUUCUCGGCCAGUAGCAGCUCGUCUCCCUAUUCGACGCCUUGAGGAUGUAAUAUAUUGUCCGUCCGGCUCAAUCCCUCGGCAGACAUCUUACUCUUCAUCUUCCGGAAGCUUGAUCGGUAACAUUGACAGUCUUUCUUUCCAACCGGAUGGUGUUGUAAUGAGCGGCGGAAGUCAGUCGGUUUUCCAUCCGUCAUUCACUUUGGAUAGACUAAUGGAAUCCGAUGAGUCAGAUCCAGAUAAAGGUCCCACGUCUCAGUUUCGCCGGACUCAUUCUGUUGAAGAGGAUCAGGUCACGCGACAGAAGUUACCUUCGGAGACCAAAAUCUCUUCGACCGCAAGUACUCUGCAUAACUCGGUAGAGCAUUCGAAUGUGUCACAAACCCCACCUACCUUGUCGACCGAUCGUGCUCCCGACAUUUUAUCAUCAGCUAAACCUCAUGGACCAGUAAACUGUUUGAAAGAUUCCACUCCUAUUGAUGAUGCGUCAAAUAAUCUACCAAACGAAUCCCAAACAAAAUACGAAAGGUCCCUGCAAUCUUCGCGUUAUACUGCUUCACGACCGUCUCAUCUUAGUCCCUUGGGUUACCCGACUUCCGCUGAACUUGACUCUGACUUCUUCGUUUCUGAAAAUGAGGACAGACCUCGUCAACCAGAUAGUGCUUCAACUGUUGAUGCCGGAGAUCACUCCACAGACCUUAUAGACAUGACAGCAACUAUGCCGGCUAUGCAGGGUUCCCCCUCGAAUACUGCGGAGUCAAUUAUCCCAGCCUCGCCAGAAUAUCUGCACACAGGAUCAGGUUCAGCCGAUGAAGAGUUCACUUUGGUUACCGGAAGAAAGCACCGGAGAAAACAGAAGCAUCAGUCAAGACAAACCAACGAUGGGUUAUACUUCCCUCGAACAAACCAUACUCGCGAUUCUAGCGCCGGUAUCUUGCUACAAAGGCCGUCUGUUGCCAACGAUUAUGCAUCUUUCCCAGUGGCCCAACGUUUCACUGCUAAUCGGUUUCCAUUACAACCCACACGAACUGGGGCCUCGAGUAUUGGUGAUCGGACCAAAGUCCGGUACCUUAACCCAAAUCAUUCUGUGGUGAAAUCGCCUCUUUCUUUCAACAGUAGCUCCUUCGCUGACUCUGUGAUUUCAGAUAAGUAUGCUAUGGUUCAGUGCCCUUCACGUUUGGACCUCAACCGCUGCGACAUUUCUGAAGCCGGUGUCAGUGAUCAAACAGCUUCACUUUCUGCAACCUUAAGUCAUAACAAAAAGCCAAGUUCAGUACUCAAACCACCGUUCUGCUAUAUUCCUCUUCCAAAUGCCGAUUUAUCCUCAUCCAAUUUUCCGACAAGUAAACCGGAACAAGCCUUACGCAUAUUCGGCUCUUUAACAUCUGGUUCUCCUCCAGUUGUUAGUCGGCUAUCCGCCGAUCAACACGAACAUCUCAUUACGUUUUUGUUCACUGGUUGGAACUUGUUCAAGAAACAGUACGCAAGUGUUUAGCUUUUCAGACAUUUGUUGCUUUUUAGUCUGGUGCUAUUGCGUUUCCUCUAUCGUUUUCAAUGAGCGUAAGCCCUUAGCACGCUCAGCAUUCAUUCUAUUGUGCUACAGCUGUGUUAGAGUACCGCUCCCUAUGUGCCGAUGUAUGUAGAUUUACAUUUCGCUGUAACCCCUACAGCACGCAUAGCUCAAUUGUAGAUUUAGUCCUAUUUUUACUGACGUGAGUAUUCGAUGUGUCUAAAGUUUACAUAUUCUCUUUUCCAUUGUUAGUUGUUUUGAUUAUUCGGCGUUUUUAUCGGUCGGCCUUUUAUGUACUCUUGAAAAAUCUUAUCCCGGUCGUGAUUUUUCCAGUCUUUCCGCCGUCCACCCUACUUGAUUUUAACUCCAUUUUGUAGGCACCUCGCAACGCCUGUUUGCCUUUACCUUCCUUAUAACAAUUGUCUUCUUUAUACCAGCGAUAUCAGACCAUUUUUUCAUGAUUACGUUGGGCUCAUAUUGUGCUUUCCUUUUCCCUUGGCUGAAUGACCCUUGAUGUUUUCUUUCGCUUACGUCUUUCUUUACAGCAGUUGAAGUAUUGUAACCCAUAAUUUUACGCUUCCUUGCUCAUCCUUUUUCUACCUGCUUUCAUACUCAACUGUUAGUACUGUACGCUUGAGCACUCACUCGGACCUUGUUACAUGAGGCUUGUACCAUUUGGUCAGUUCAUUUCGCCUACAACUGAGAUAGUUCGUAAUUUGUUAGUUCUUAUUUAGUUCAAUAGAUUUUUGCGCCAUUUUCUUUUUCCUAAACUACUUCCAUCUGUUUGGCAGUUUUCUAUUUGAAGAUCGUUCAGUUUCUUCCCGGUCUUAUGGCUGUCUGACCAAAUCGUUCGAUAACCCGUAACAUUUUGAUUUUCCAUUUGUUGUAGUUAUUAGUCGCUCGUCAUCUAAACUGAUUUGGAGGCUAACGCCUCCUUGUGCUCCACUUUAGAUGUGUUAUCUCACUUUAUACUGGGUGCAUUAUUUUAUUGCGUGUGAGUCUUACGCACGCCUUCUUUAGAUCGGACAUAAAUGUUCGGCAAAUCUGACCCAGUGCAUAUGCUAGUACACACUGCGCAUCGAUCCUUCUAAUUGAACUGAGCUCGCACUUAGUGGACUAGUUCGCUGCGGACCGUCACUGGGGGAAUAAUGCUUAUAGGAGAGAAUGAUUCACACUAUUGUCUUGUGCACAUAGCUUUUCCGUUCCUGCACCGUGAAUAUCGUAAUUUCACUUCUGCCAUACGUAGGCCAUCUCCAGCGUUCUUUCGUUCAUCACCUAUAUACAAAUCUCAAGAUAGGU